UAAUACAACUUAUUUAAAAAAAUAUUGUUUUGUUUACAGUGGGUUAAUACCGUAGUUAAUUUUCCAGAUCCUCUUCAAAAUAUUCAAAGAACCAUACGGACCUUCAGAGCAUAGUAAUUGAGAUAGCAUGAAACACCCUUUAAGUUGCAUUUAUUACUACUGACCACUAAGAGCGAUGUCAUGACAAAUCCACCUAAUAAUAUAUAACUUUUUCCAACUGUUCCGGUUGAUUGCUAUCAGCUAACCAAAGUAAGCGUCGCUUGUGUAACUUGGCCCAAAUCGCUAUUGUUUGUAAGAUAAAAUAGCUGUCGGCGGAAAAGCCGGCGUUGAAAUACUUAAAUCGGAGUUGUGCAAACGUUUUGCUUCAUGGGCACAUCUCAACGUGAUGGACGAGCAGACGAAAAGUAUUCGAGACUUCGUGAUUAUGUACAACAAAAUUUCGGAACAUUGCUUCAGGCGUUGUGUAACGUCAUUUAAUGACCGUGAAUUGAGCGCAGAUGAGGUUACAUGUGUGGAACGCUGUGCAGCCAAAGAAAUAUUGUUAAAUAACCGGUUUAUUAAAGUCUUCCUUUCUGUAAGAGAAACAAUGAAACCAAUGUAAAAUGUUGCAACUGUGAUACAUGAAUUACUUUGUAACAGAAAAUGAGGAUAAAACUAGUAUAUCAAUCAUCUCUCAUUGUAAUGGUAAUAGACAUGCAUGCAAGUGGAUUUUAGCACUGUGAAGAUGAUCAUCAUUUGAAAUAAAACUAUUUUUUACUUGCUUAA